UGUCGUGGAAGCAAAACACAGUAACAGGCCCUUUUUGUUGUCAUUGUUACCGUGUUCGCCCAGUGUCCCCGAGCAUGAGGCGGAGAAAGGCGUUUGCUGCGUUCUCUCCAUCCCCCUCCGCCGCCCGGGUGCUGCCGAGGGACGGUCCUGCCGGGGUGGCGAGGGCCGCUGACCGCCAGCCCUCCCGGAGGAGGAGGAGGGAACCGCGUUGGUCCGCGACGCUGAACUCCCCCAGCAUUGUCCGUAAGGAGUAGCCGGUGCCAGUGAUGGUUUCCGCUGUGGACAGCGAGCAUCGCUGGCCCGGAGCUAAUGAUGAAAGACCUUAAGUCGGGCUGUUUGGGUCCCGAGUUUUGAAGCCCCUCUUUGCUGAAUGUGUCCUAUCUGUAUUCUACCUUGUAAAUACUGUUAUUUGUAUAUACUGUAAAUGAUGACGUCGGUGGGCACUAACCGAGCCCGGGGAAACUGGGAACAACCUCAAAACCAAAACCAGAUGCAGCACAAGCAGCGGCCGCAGGCUACUGCGGAACAAAUUCGACUUGCACAGAUGAUUUCAGACCAUAAUGAUGCUGACUUUGAGGAAAAGGUGAAACAAUUGAUUGAUAUCACUGGCAAGAACCAAGAUGAAUGUGUCAUUGCUUUGCAUGACUGCAAUGGAGAUGUCAACAGAGCCAUCAAUGUCCUACUGGAAGGAAACCCAGAUACGCAUUCGUGGGAGAUGGUCGGGAAGAAGAAGGGAGUCUCAGGACAGAAGGAUGGUGGCCAAACGGAAUCCAACGAGGAAGGCAAAGAAAAUCGAGACCGUGACAGAGACUAUAGUCGGCGACGUGGUGGGCCACCAAGACGGGGGAGAGGUGCCAGCCGUGGACGAGAGUGUAUGCAUAGGGCUUUAUCAAAACCAGCUGUGGUUCGGGGUCAGGAAAAUGGAUUAGAUGGCACCAAGAGUGGAGGGCCUUCUGGAAGAGGCACAGAAAGAGGCAGAAGAGGACGUGGCCGAGGCAGAGGUGGCUCUGGUAGACGAGGAGGAAGGUUUUCUGCUCAAGGAAUGGGAACCUUUAACCCAGCUGAUUAUGCAGAGCCGGCCAAUACUGAUGAUAACUAUGGCAAUAAUAGCGGGAAUACGUGGAACAACACUGGCCACUUCGAACCAGAUGAUGGGACGAGACUUGAUUUCAUUGGGGUUGAGGGGUCAAAUUAUCCCCGAAAAUUUGAGACUGCUCCUGGUAUGAUACAUCCAGGUGCGUGGAGGACUGCAACAGAGGAAUGGGGAACUGAAGAUUGGAAUGAAGAUCUUUCUGAGACCAAGAUCUUCACUGCCUCUAAUGUGUCUUCAGUACCUCUGCCUGCGGAGAAUGUGACAAUCACUGCUGGUCAGAGAAUUGACCUUGCUGUUCUAUUGGGGAAGACACCAUCUUCAGUGGAGAAUGAUUCAUCUAAUCUGGAUCCAUCUCAGGCUCCUUCUCUUGCCCAGCCUCUUGUGUUCAGUAAUUCGAAGCAGAGUGCCAUAACACAGCCUGCUUCUGGAAACACAUUUUCUCAUCACAGUAUGGUGAGCAUGUUAGGGAAAGGAUUUGGUGAUGUCGGUGAAGCCAAAGGUGGCAGUACCACAGGCUCCCAGUUCUUGGAGCAGUUCAAGACUGCUCAGGCCCUGGCCCAAUUGGCAGCACAACAUUCUCAGUCUGGAACCACCACCACCUCCUCUUGGGACAUGGGCUCUGCCUCCCAAUCCCCUUCGCUGGUGCAGUACGAUUUGAAGAACCCAAAUGAUUCAACAGUGCACAGCCCCUUCACCAAACGCCAGGCUUUCACCCCAUCUUCAACCAUGAUGGAGGUGUUCCUUCAGGAGAAGCCAUCCGCAGUGGCUACCUCCACAGCUGCACCUCCACCCCCCUCUUCUCCUCUGCCAAGCAAAUCCACCUCGGCCCCACAGAUGUCUCCCGGGUCUUCAGACAACCAGUCCUCCAGUCCACAGCCGGCUCAGCAAAAAUUGAAACAGCAGAAGAAAAAGGCCUCCUUGACUUCAAAGAUUCCUGCUCUGGCUGUGGAAAUGCCUGGCUCAGCAGAUAUCUCAGGGCUAAACCUGCAGUUUGGGGCAUUGCAGUUUGGGUCAGAGCCUGUCCUUUCUGAUUAUGAGUCCACCCCCACCACGAGCGCCUCUUCAAGCCAGGCUCCAAGUAGCCUCUAUACCAGCACGGCCAGUGAAUCUUCAUCCACAAUCUCAUCUAACCAGAGUCAGGAAUCCGGUUAUCAGAGCGGUCCAAUUCAGUCGACAACCUAUACCUCCCAAAAUAAUGCUCAGGGUCCUCUGUAUGAACAGAGGUCCACACAGACUCGGCGAUACCCCAGCUCGAUCUCCUCAUCACCCCAAAAGGACCUGACUCAGGCAAAGAAUGGCUUCAGCUCUGUGCAGGCCACGCAGUUACAGACCACGCAAUCUGUUGAAGGUGCUACAGGCCCUGCAGUGAAAUCUGACUCACCUUCUGCUCCUGGCAUCCCCCCUCUCAGUGAAACCGUGUCUGCAGCUUCCUUACUGACAACAGCCGGUCAACAUUCAUCAUCGUUGGGUGGCUUGAGCCACGGUGAGGAGAGUCCAAAUACUACCACCACACAACACAGCAGCACAUUAUCCACACAGCAGAAUACCCUUUCGUCAUCCACAUCUUCGGGGCGCACUUCUACAUCCACUCUUUUGCACACAAGCGUGGACAGUGAGGCGAACCUCCAUUCUUCCUCCAGCACUUUUUCCACCACAUCCAGCACGGUUUCUGCGCCUCCCCCAGUGGUCAGUGUCUCUUCCAGUCUCAACAGCGGCAGCAGCUUGGGCCUCAGCCUCAGCAGCAAUUCCACUGUAACAGCCUCGACUCGGAGCUCAGUUGCUACAACUUCAGGAAAAGCUCCUCCCAACCUCCCUCCUGGGGUCCCGCCAUUGUUGCCUAAUCCGUACAUUAUGGCUCCUGGGCUGUUACAUGCCUAUCCGCCACAAGUAUAUGGUUAUGAUGACUUACAGAUGCUUCAGACAAGGUUUCCCUUGGAUUACUACAGCAUCCCAUUUCCCACGCCCACCACUCCACUGACUGGGAGGGAUGGUAGCCUGGCCAGCAACCCUUACUCUGGUGACCUCACAAAGUUUGGCCGUGGGGAUGCCUCCUCCCCGGCCCCGGCCACAACCUUGGCCCAACCCCAACAGAACCAGACGCAGACUCACCACACCACACAGCAGACAUUCCUGAACCCGGCGCUGCCUCCUGGCUACAGUUAUACCAGCCUGCCAUACUACACAGGGGUUCCGGGCCUCCCCAGCACCUUCCAGUAUGGGCCUGCUGUGUUCCCUGUGGCUCCUACCUCUUCCAAGCAGCAUGGUGUGAAUGUCAGCGUGAAUGCAUCGGCCACCCCUUUCCAACAGCCAAGUGGAUAUGGGUCUCAUGGAUACAACACUGGUGUAUCAGUCACCUCCAGUAACACGGGCGUGCCAGAUAUCUCGGGUUCUGUGUACUCCAAAACCCAGCAGUCCUUUGAGAAACAAGGUUUUCAUUCCGGUACUCCUGCUGCCUCCUUCAACUUGCCUUCAGCCCUAGGAAGUGGGGGGCCCAUCAAUCCGGCCACAGCUGCUGCCUACCCACCUGCCCCCUUUAUGCACAUUCUGACCCCCCAUCAGCAGCCGCACUCCCAGAUCCUCCACCAUCACCUGCAGCAGGAUGGCCAGCUACCAUAUUUGCAGAUGAUUCUCUGUUGCCAGCGCCAGCAGGAGGAGCAGACGGGCAGCGGGCAACGUAGCCAGACCAGCUCCAUCCCGCAGAAGCCCCAGACCAACAAGUCUGCCUACAACAGCUACAGCUGGGGGGCUAACUGAGGCCUGACCCCCCUCCUGCCCGGCAACCACGGAAACGGCAUCAGAGAGAGAGGAAGGGGGGGUUCCGCUGCCCCUACCUCCAGUGUCCCACCCUAUGCCUCAGCUUCAUGUCUGUCCCGUCCCCAUACCACCCCUACUCUGUUGUAUGUAUUAUAGGAUUUGUAUUUUCUCCUUUUUUUUCCCCCUUUCCUCUCCUCCUCCCCCCUUGCAUUCAAGAUUAUGAAACUUUGCUGUGGGCCCCGCCUUCCUUCUCCUCCUGUUCACCCUGGUGGUGUAUAGGUGAGGUGGGGCAGGGGGACCCCCAAAUAUAUAUCAGCCCAACAGCCCUACGUCUCCUCCUUUAUUAUUAGGAAACAAAACAACAACAAAAUGGCGUCAUGAAUAUGAACAGCAUUGUCAGAUGAAUUAGUUGAAGUGUUUUUUUUUUGUACUGUGUCCUCGAAUUUAAUGGAUUAAUGUGUCUUGUAUAUAUAAAAAGAAAACCUCUACCUUCA